CUCACACCUCUCCAACACUCUCUGCCGUCGCUCCUCACUGACCGCACCUCCGCCGUCGACACCGCCUCUCUCACCACGCUCCCUCAGCCCCGAUCAAAUGCCACCGCCGACACCAAGCUAAGGACUCAAGCGCCACUCUCAUCAACCACCCAUGACGCUUCUCUUCUUCUCGUUAGCUACCGGUGACCAGACCCAGCCGAAAACGACGCCUCCACGUACUGUCGAGCUCGUUGUUGCAGUGCAAGAGAUGGGAGAGAGAGUGCUCGUUGUACGACAGGGACCGAGAGGCAUUGAUGGUUCUACAAGUACGAUGCCCUGUAGCUGGUCUGGUCUUGUAAAUGUAGUAUUGUCAAAGGAGGACAUAUAUCAGAAGUACCUGGAUGAUACCAAGUUUCCCGUCCUCGCCAGUGCCAGGUACAAUCUCGUCAUCUUAGGAGACGAGUCUGUCGGCAAAAGCAGUAUCAUCACUCACUUUAUGAACAACAAGUUCCGUAACAAAUACGAGGUAAAUGCGGCUGUGAUUAGUUUAAACUAAUUUUGUAAAUUUCUUCAGAGUAAUAGAAGGACAAUAAUGGAUGAUCCUUUUAUACGAAAUUACAUUGAAGAUCUUAUGAGGAAUGUGAGGACUCAAGUAUUGCUCAAACUGAUCAAGCCUUACACAA